CGACCUCCCUUUUGGUAUCCGACACACCUGGGAAACGGGAAGCCUUUCUACCAGUGUCAUAGCUGGGCAAAAACCCAAUUUCCUCCUGACGUCAAACUCGGCUGGUUUAUUAUAGAUUCCAUCCAGUUUCUUCCCGACUAGCAUUCAUCGUUGGGUCUCUGAGCCACCUGUGUUGGACGUUGGCGUUGCGCGACCUCGUCACAUACAUACAUAUCGCACACUGACCACCGCCGUGCCUCUCUCUUUUCCCAACCAACUUACGGAAGGGACCUUUUCCCCCUCCACCAUAUCGCGGCCUAGAAGGAGAUAGGCCACUAUAAAAAAAAAGAGAGAGAGAGAAACAGAGAAAGGAGAAACCGUCCGAUCAGGCCAAACUACUUGUCGCACCCAAAAGAAAAGAAAACAGUCACUCGAAACGCUCGCACCACCAUCCAUUUUCCGCCAUGGCAAACGACGACAGCAACAGCAGCAGCAGAAACGCCGCCCUCGGCGCAGAGUCCGUCAUCAGCGUCGAGUACCGCGGGCGCGUCGCCGUCAUCACCAUCGACAACGACAAGAAGCUCAACGCCCUCGGCCAGCUGCAGUACUAUGAGCUGGCGCGCCUCAUGCAGGAGGUGGCCACGCACGACGAGGUGUUUGUGACGGUCAUUCUCGCCAAGGGGCGUUACUUUUCCGCCGGCGCCGACGUCUCCAUCUCCCGCGCCGCCCCCUCCGACGCCACCGACGCGCACAAGCUCUGGCUCUCCACCUUCGUCGCCUUCAACCUCAACAUCACGCACGUCUUCGCCACCCACCCCAAGGUCCUCGUCGUCGGCCUCAACGGCCCCGUCAUCGGCCUCUCCGCCGCCCUCGUCGCCUUCGCCGACUUCAUCUACGCCGUGCCCCACGCCUUCCUCCUCACCCCCUUCUCCUCCAUCGGCCUCGUCGCCGAGGGCGGCGCCUCCCGCGCCCUCGCCCAGCGCCUCGGCCCCGCCAGGGCCAACGAGGCCCUCAUCAUGAGCAGGCGCAUCCCCGCCGGGGAGCUCCUCGCCGCGGGUUUCCUCAACGCCGUCUUCGACUACCCCAAGGGCGAGGACGCCGCAUUUAGGGAGCGCGUGCUCGCCGAGGUGGAUGACCGGCUCGGGGACCACCUCAUUGGCGAGAGCCUCCUCGGCAUCAAGAAGCUCAUCCGCCGCCCUGAACUCGAGACCAUCCACCAGGCAAACGUCCACGAGGUCUUCGCCGGGCUCGAGCGCUUCGUCAAGGGCAUCCCCCAGGAGGAGUUCCGCAAGCUGGCCAGCGGCGAGAAGCGACACAAGUUGUGAUGGGCCACCUCCCGGUGGAGCGCUCGCUCGGGUAGCGACGCACAUGUCUGUAAAUAUAAAUCGUCACUCUGAUGAGCCCAGCAAUGGUA